ACCACAUAAACACCUGGGUAGCUGAAAAGACUGAAGGUAAAAUUUUCUGAGUUUGCUCCUGUCGGGUUCAGUUGAUUCGCUGAUUAAGCUGAUUCUCAUCAGUGCCAUCUACUUCAAAGGAAAUUGCCAUAGGCAGUUUAACAAAGAGCGUAGGGAGGAAAGACUUCUUUAAAAUCAGAAGACUGAGGAGAAACCUUUGCAGAUGAUGUUGAAGGAAUCUACAUUUAAACUGACCUGUGUGAAAGAAAUAUUCACCCAAAUUCUGCUGCUUCCCUAUGUUGGAAAGGAGCUGAAUAUGAUCAUCAUGCUUCCAGAUAAAAACACUGAUUAAAAAUGGCUCACCAUCAUGGAUACCCUAUCAGAAGCCAAUGGCACAUUUGCCUUAAACCUACUGAAAAAGCUGGGGGAAAACAACUCAAAAAAUAUGUUUAUUUCACCCAUGAGCAUCUCCUCUGCCCUGGCCAUGGUCUUCAUGGGUGCAAAGGGAAACACUGCUACCCAGAUAUCCCAGGCACUUUCUUUCAAUAAAGUCAGAGGCGGAGGUGGAGAUGUUCACCAAGGUAUCCAGUCACUUCUCACUGAAGUUAACAAAUCCGGCUCUCAGUACUUGCUUAGAACUGCCAACAGGCUCUUUGGAGAAAAGAGUUAUGAAUUCCUUUCAUCUUUUAGAGAUUCUUGCCGCACAUUCUACCAGGCUGAGAUGGAAGAGCUCAACUUUGCUAAUGCUGCAGAGGAGUCCAGAAACCACAUAAACACCUGGAUAGCCGAUAAGACAGAAGGUAAAAUUACAGAGGUGCUGUAUUCGGGGUCAGUGGAUUCGCUGACUAAGCUGAUUCUCGUCAGUGCCAUCUACUUCAAAGGAAAUUGGCACAAGCACUUUAACAAAGAGCAUACCAAGGAAAUACCCUUUAAAAUCAGCAAGACUGAGGAGAAACCUGUGCAGAUGAUGUUUAAGGAAUCUACAUUUAAACUGACUUACAUGAAAGAAAUAUGCACACAAAUUCUGGUGCUUCCCAAUGUUGGAAAGGAGCUGAACAUGAUUAUCAUGCUUCCAGAUGAAAACACUGAUUUAAAAAUGGUGGAAAACAAACUUACUUAUGAGAGAUUCAUAGAAUGGACAAGGCCUGACACAAUGAAUGAAAGAAAUGUGGAAGUUUUCUUUCCUAAAUUUAAAUUGGAAGAAAAUUAUGACGUGGAGAAUGUCCUUCCCAGUUGGGGCAUGGCCGAUGCCUUUGACCAGGCCAGGGCAGACUUUUCAGGAAUGUCAUCUAAGCGAGAACUGUUUUUGUCCAAGGUUGUGCACAAAGCUUUCGUGGAGGUCAAUGAAGAAGGCACAGAAGCAGCGGCAGCCACUGCUGCCGUUAUGACACUGCUCUGUGGAAGAAUCACCCAGAGGUUCUGUGCUGACCACCCCUUCCUUUUCUUUAUCCAGCACACCAAGAACAACAGCAUUCUGUUCUGUGGCAGAUUCUCCUCUCCAUCGGAAACGGUAGUCACUGGAUAUAGAGUGCCCUUCUCCUUUCUCCUCUUGACCUAUUUUUCUUCUGCCACUUUACACUGUGCCUACAACCCAGUGACCUUAUUAGUGCAGAGGGAGCAAUUCAGACAUUAA